CCUCCAGGCGGAAGUUUUCAGGACCUGGCACCCCAUUUUUACCUUCACGUAAAUAAGAAAACAAUCACACACACGCAUACAACAAAACUCUCGGUGCGAUUAAAGAAAUGACAAAACUUGACAAAGCCUCCAACCUGGACGUGAGUUGAGAACGACUCUCUGCACGUGCAUCCUCAAAGCAACAAAAGACAAAAGUGCGGGUCUUUACGUGCAACGUGUUGACGAGUGCAACAGGAGUGUUGUCAUACGGUUAGCACUAGGCUAGGCUAAGCUAACAGGCUGUACCUCACAGUUUGUUGACAUUAGCUAACCUGUGUUUUCUGCUUGUUCCUGCACGGUGCAAGAUGCUUCCCUGUUAGCCACUUCCGGCCGCGCUUAAAACCCGGAAGCCAGUUAUGGAAGAUCGUUUGCUUUAAGACUCAUAUCUAUUUAGCACGUCUUAUCUGAUUCUGUGUUUAUGGUUAAAAUAUAUUUAACGAAACGUCAAUCAAGCGAGAGCCACGUGACAUGCUCGCGGGGAAUGCGAGGCGGUUUGACGAAAGUGCGACACCGUGUCCGCAGAGUUCCGGUGCCGCGGGGGUUCACCAUCUCUUCAUGUAGGUUCCAUGGAGCCGGCAAGGCAGCUCCGGUGAAUCAGAAACGGAACGCGGCCCCCUUCCAGCAGCACCAUUUUUUUUUUGUUGUGUAUUAUUCUUUUUUUUUUAAUUCUUAUUAAUCCAGCUCGUCCACACAAACCGCUACCGGACACCUCCCGCUGCUCCGGGGGUUGUCACCGCAUCUGCAGCCGGGAAUGCACUCGGUAUCAAAGAGGAUACACGCGGGCUGCAGCGCUGGUGGUUACUAGCAGAAAAGUUCCGCCUUGUGGAGGAAUCUGGGAAAUAAAAGGAAAGUUUACGAGGCUUCAUGAGGAAAGUGAAGCUGGUCGAGACUCCCCCGCUGGAGGAGAUGGUGAAGGCCCGUGUGGGUCAUGGAGGAGCAGAGUUCACUGGUGUUGCCCGUGAAUGAGAGAAACUCGCAGACCUCCUCAGAUCUACUCGCCCCAGGCCGACGUCCUCUGGAUGGGUCACAAAGAAACUUCAGCGGGGAGGAGAAGAUUAUGUUGGCUGACCCGGCCUCUGCUCACACUGAUGUCAACAUAGUUUUACAGCUCUAAUUUACUUUGGCUACCUAUUGAGUUUUUUUUGAUUCUCUGGAUAUAUUCAAGUGACACUCGGUGGAGCGAUAGUAGUUGUCUUGCUCGGCUUCUUCAUGCCCGUCAUGAGUGUACCUGCCCAGCAGAAACCCAGCGCCAAGAGGACGGGCAAACGCAUCACAUUUUUCAACGAACAAAGCGUAGCAAUGAAGGAGACGUCUCAGCACCCUGAAGGGUCCUACUAUGUCCCAGGGGCCACCGCCUCAGACCCCGGACAGAGCGAGGCCGCCAGUACCGUGACCUCCAACCCAGAGGGCCCUCACAUGUUCCUCAACUCCGUCAUCUUCAGCCCAGACAAAGGUGACCAGAGCAGGGGUCACUAUCAACAGACUGUUCCGAUGAAGUGGGCCCAACAGGAGCCCAAUCAGCAGCAGCCCUCGCUGUCCCAGCAGCAGAGAGCUGCCUCCUGGAACCCCAUAAGUAACUGGGGUCAAAACUUUUCAAAUUACAUGGGAGGAGUUAACGUAACGGACUCAAGGACUCAGAAUGCGUUCGCAAAGUCGAUGCACGAGACCUCGGGCAUGCAGCCGCAUCAACAGCCCGCUAACAGGGCUACAGACAAGCAGCCUCUAGGAGCCCCAGAUGCCUACAGGGAUGCAGUCAAGGCUCAGGGCAUGGAGUGGGAGCAGCAGCAGCAGUCCCAGGCCUUUCAGGAAUCUUUAAAACCCGGGGCACUGAACCCCACACAGUCCCUCCAAGGAGGAAGCUCAGUUUUGCAGCCCUUCCAGUUGGCCUUUGGUCAGCCCAAGCAGCACCUGCCAGCCUACUACCAGUCCUUUCAGGGCAACAGGACAACCCUACCCAACCCACCUAACUACUCAACGCAGGCUAAACCCCCACAACAGCUACAGCAGCUGCAGAAGCAGGAGCAGAUACAGCGCCAGCAGCAUCACAUCAUCCAGCAACAGAUUCAGCAGCAGCAGCAUCAACAUCAAAUGCAGCAGCAACAAAUCAUUCAGCAUCAACAGCAUGUGCAGCAACAUCUACAGCAGCAGCAGCAGAUACAGCACGAGCAGCAGCAACAAAAGAUGCAGCAACAUCAACAGCAGCAAAUGCAACAACAGCAACAGCAGCUGCAUAUUCAGCAGCAAAUGCAACAUCAGCAGUUGCAACAACAAAACCCUCAUGUGCUUGACUAUUAUUCUGCUGCUCGAAAUGCACACCCGCAGCCCCAUCCCCAGCCUGUGGUGGUACACUCCCAGGAGUCCUCUGCUCCCGCUCCCCCAAAGAUCCAGGAACCAGCCAUCCAGGACAUCACCCCUGAACCCCAGCAGUCGCCCGACCCCCUGCAGCCCCCUCUCCCCUCCGUGCCCCUGCCCCAGCCCCAGACACAGACUCAAUCCCAAACGCAGCUCCGUAGAUCGCGGCGGCUCUCGAAGGAAGGAGGAGCGCCGUCCGACAACCCUUUCCUCUCGGCCUCUGCGGAUCAGGCGGCCACGGGGCUGCAGGUCUCUCAGAACGGGGGCCGAGACAUCCAGGCAGCCCCGACGGGCGUCAUCCAGAGCACACGCAGGAAACGUAGGGUGUCCCAGGAGGUCAACCUGGAGACUCUCGCUCAGAAGGCCUCAGAAAUGGAGUCUCUACCACCACAUGUUCUCAAGGACCCCCACCGGCCGUGGAGCCCCACCGCCUCAGAGGGCCUGCACGCCAAGCGGCAGCGAGACGACAACCUUCUGCCGCUCGUCAUCCCCGUGUCGGUUCCGGUGCGGCGGCCGGAGCCCUCGUCCCCGGACAGAGAUGAAGCGGCCCUGGCUUCAGGCUGGCCCCCCAGGCCCUCCCACCCCCAGGACCUCGGCCGUGCAGACCACCAACCCUCGGUCAUUGUCACACGGAGACGCUCACUCAGGAACUCCUUGUCAGAGAGCUCAGAGCAGAAUGGCGGCACAGAGGGGGAGAAAGAGGACGACGGCAAAAAGUCCAAACGGCGUCCCCGGCCCGAGCCCCUCUUCAUCCCCCCGCCCAAACCGGGCUUAUUCAUUGCUCCGACCCCCUACUGCAGCAUCACACCUUACCAGAGCCACCUGCGCUCGCCUGUGCGGCUGGCCGACAACCCCCUCACCAUGCCCCCUUACACACCUCCGCCGAUCCUCAGCCCCGUCCGCGAGGGCUCGGGCCUCUACUUCUCCACCUUCCUGUCCUCGGCUGCAGCCGGCAGCCAGGGCCUGCCGCCGCCUGUCACGCCCAAGUCGGCCACACGCAGCCUGUUACGUUCCAACAGCUGUGACAUCACACCCCCGGUUCUGUCUGCGAUGUGCGAGGCCACUCCGGUCAGCAUCGAGCCACGGAUCAACAUUGGGUCGCGGUACCAGGCAGAGGUUCCGGAGCUGAGGCAGCGGUCAGGUGUCGAGCUCGAUCCCCAUCGAGCCGAUCUGGUUUGGUCUCCGUUGAACGAGCUGCAGGAAAAACCGGACUUCCAUCAGAAAGUGGAAGAUCUCAUGCACCUGGCCUGCUCCAGUGUUCUGUGUGGAGGGGGCACCAACCAGGAGCUGGCUCACCAUUGUCUGUACGAGUGCAAAGGCGACAUAAUGGCUGCUCUGUCGCUCCUGAUGCUGAGGAAUCCAAUUUUCCCAAAGUCUCAUCGUCUGACAGACUUCCACUACUCAGGAUCCGACAGCUGGACGGCAGCUGAGAGACGCCAGUUCAACAAAGGCAUCACCGCGUACAAGAAGGAUUUCUUCAUGGUGCAGAAACAGGUGACCACGAAGACAGUAGCACAGUGUGUGGAGUUUUACUACACGUACAAGAAACACGUGAAGAUCGGCCGCAGCGGGGCGCUGAUGUACGGGGAGGCGGAGCCGCUGGACAGCAGGAGCACAGAGGAGGAGACGGACCAGAAGGUCUCUCACAGGCUGGAGCCCCAGCGGGAGGAGGACAGCAGGAAGUGGGAAGGGUCAGCUGACAGGAAACAGGAUGUGGGCUCCACCAGAGUGUCGCAGCCGCUGCAGCCCACCGAGAAACCCGGGACCGUCCUGAUCAUGAAGGGCCAGGAGGACGCCGGGAGGGAGAAGCCUCCGCCCCGGGUCGUCCACCCCCCCCACCCGCCUGCACCCGCCUCCAAGCCGAGCCGCGAGGACAGCGCCCGGCGGACGAGCCCCGCGGCGCCCGCCAAAGUCCCCGCGGCUCCGGAGGGAGAGUUCCCCUGCAAGAAGUGUGGCAGGAUCUUCUUCAAGGUGAAGAGCCGCAGCGCCCACAUGAAGAGCCACGCCGAGCAGGAGAAGAAGGCGGCGGCUCUGCGGCAGAAAGAGGCCGACGAGCGAGCGGCGGCGGCGAAGGCGGCGGCCGACGCGGCGGCUGCUCUGGCGGCUCGGCAGCACAACGGGACCCGGCAGCUGGGCGGGGGGGACAGCACCAACGACGACUCGUCGGACAGGGACGACGAGGACGACGCGGACUGGCAGUGAGAGGACGGACACACACUCUGACUGUUGAUUGGCUGGUUCUCUGGGAAGCGGACGAGGACGGAUCCCCCCCGGUGGACAGAUCGCUGAGCAAGACGACUUCCGUUGCUCUGCACAUUCAGGGACAGACUUCCCUCCUGCGUACGUGACUGAGUGGGAAUGUGUGGAGUGAGUGAGUGAGUGAGUGUGUGUGUGUGAGUGUGUACUG